AUGAAUACAAUCACAACAGGUUUUAAAAAUGGUGCGAUAACUCUUGAUGAUCCUGAGGCUAUUUAUUAUUCUGGCCAGAUAAUAUCAGGAAAAAUCGAGUUUGUUCUAAGCGAAGCAUUAUCCUUUUCAGCAAUCAAUGUUGUUUAUAAUGGUGAGGCAAAUGUUUCAUGGACCGAGCGACAAACUGAAAUAUAUUCAGGUGUGAAGAGAUAUAUAAAUGUGGAGUAUAAGGGCUACGAGGAGUACUUUACUUGUGUCCAGUGCAUUUGUGGGAAUCAUGGCAUGUCUGUACUACCGGCGGGCACCCAUUCUAUCCCAUUCUCGUAUCGGAUACCGUACACCGCGCCAUCCUCGUUCAAUAGCAGCAUAGGCAGAGUCUCAUACAAAGUUACUGCAUAUUUGGAGUGUCCACCAACGAGGGAGGAGCUAGUCAAGACUUUUGAGGUAGUAGCGCCGCUGGACUUGAAUAAAGAUCCAACUGGAGAAGUGAAUCGGCCCAUCGCGAUGGAGUUCGAGGAGUUGUAUAGCUGCUGCUGCAGCUCGCAGCCGAUCACGAUCAGGGUCGAGGUGCCGGUGUCGGGCUUCUGCCCUGGACAGGCGAUGCCAAUCACCGUCCGCGCGAAGAACGACUCCGCGACGGAGAUAUCGAGGAUCUACUUCCAACUGGUCAUGAAAGAGCGCUACCACAGCCGAAGCCCGGUGUCCGAAUACGUGCUGCCUGAGAGGAUCCUCGCGACGGCGAAGAAGGGCCCUGUCCUGGGCAACACCAAGCGGGAGUACCAGUGCGAGCUCCGGGUGCCGGAGAUUCUGGCGCCCAACCUGGCCGGCUGCGGCAUCAUCGACCUGGGAUACUUCUUCAAGGUGAUUGUAAAACUGUCUGGCUGCAGCGACGACCUCCAGGACGAGUGCGAAAUCCAGAUAGGGCUGAUCCCGUUAGACAUAACCACCGGCGGCGGUGCGUACGUCCACCCCCUCAGGCAUCGUCUUCCCCGGGAGCUGCCGCCCCCCGCCCCCGCCCCCGCCCCCGCCCCCGCCCCCCCCCCCACCCCCCCUCCGUCCGACUUCCCGCCCCAAGGCCACAUCAGCGCCUCUGCCGCUCCCCCGCGGGCCUCCCCGCUGCCCCAACCCCCCCCUCCCGGCGCCCUCCGCCCCCUUCCCCGCUCCAUACCCCGCUACAGACGCUCCCGCGCCUUACGUCAUAGGUUU